GUGUGUGUGUGUGUGUGUGUGUGUGUGUGUGUGUGUGUGUGUGUGUGUGUGUGUGUGUGUGUGUGUGUGUGAGAGAGACACCUUAACCCUACAUUAUCGGUCUGUGUAAAGGCCGGGUCUUAUCGCGACUCUCUCCUCUCACUCUCAGAGUAAUAAUGCCUUGAAGAUGGCUGUUGUGUGCUUGCAUGCUUGCUGGCCAUCUCUCACCACCAGGCAAUGCCAGGACCAAUGACUGCUUUGAGAUAUACAAGAAGUGUUGUUAAUGAUGGUGACAUAAACACUGACACUUUGGCGUCAGUUUGUAAUACUUACGAUUAAAUAAAAUUAAUGUUCUACUGGAAAUGUAGCUUCUUUUUGCUUCCUUUCUGGAGUAAAAUAAAACAUUCAAAGCAGGCUUGAAGGCUUGGACUGAAAGAGUGAGAAGUGCAUGUUGAAAGACAGUGUUACAAGGAGACAUGGAGGGGCUGAAUGAAAGUCCUUGUCUCCUCUCUGAGCCCACCUCUCUUGCAUUUUCACUCUGCUCCGAAACUCUGACGUCCAAUGAAGGAUUUAUCUAUGUCACUGUGACCUCACUGAUACUCUGCUCUGCAGUUUGGGAUGAUUAUAAUACAAGAUGAAACAGCUUUGAAGACUAAAAUACUUGUAUUUACUCCUAACAUCUGUGCACAUUUGAUAAUAUGUAAACAGACACAAGUCAGCCAUGCCUUUCUUCCCUCUGUGGUGAGCUGUUACUCAUCACCCAGUCUGCUAGUCUGGUCCACAUAGCCUCCCAGGAAUGCUUCAAAAACACAGUACCUCAUACAGUAAAGCCAACAAACAGUAUUUCCAACAUUCAGUAUCUGAGUUAGAUCACCAUGCUCUAUAUUUUUAUCUUUAAAGGUUUGCUUGUUGGUAUAUGUAAUGCUUUAAACGGGAUUUACUGAUUUUGUUUUAUUUAUUUAUGUGAAACUAUUUUCAGCAGACAAAGUAUUUCCUUCCUUUGUUUUCUGGCCACCUCAGCUCUCCAGGACAGAUGGGUGUAUGGUUUCCUCUGUUUGCUCUUCUGUCAGCAGCUCUUGUUAUAGAAAAGCACCUACAGACCAGUCAGCCAGGACCUUUACACUCAGCAAGCUUCCCCCUGUUGACUAAUCAUACUAAGGAGCGGUGUAUUAGGGCAGUGUUUGCCUCUUCACUUUAUUAUAACGAGGCUGUUUGUUGUUUUCUCUGACUACUUUAGCCUCGAAAUAUAAGAACUUCCGUGUUUUAUGUCAUUAAACUAGGACGGCUAUGGCUCAGGUAGUAGAGUGGAUCGUUUCCCAAUUGGAAGGUUGGUGGAUCAAUCGUGUCUUUGUGUCAAAAUAACCUUGGGCAAGAUACUGAACCUGAAGCUGUCCCUGAUCUGAGUGUAUGUGUGAAUGUUAGAUAAAAUGAAUGCGAUUGGGUGAAUGAGAUUUAUAGUGAAAGUAAAUGUGGGCAGAUGGAUCCAAAUAUGGAUAGUAUCAUUACUGAUAGUACACCAGCGCCAGUAUUGGAUCGAUACUAGCAAAUUAGGAGUGAUACUUUGUUUCCAUCUUAUAAGUUCAGUAUGUAAAAGUUUGAAUUGUGUUUAAAAAAAAAUUUUUUAAAUGAAAAAAAAAUCUACCUUAAACAUCCAGUAUGAAAAAUGUUUGAAUGAUUUUGUGUUGACUGUCAUCUCUAUUUUAUUUAUAGCCUGUAGCACAUUUAAACAGCAUAAGUUGACCCAAAGUGCUUUAGAGACAGGCACAUUUACAUUCCAGGUCUCCAGAAAAACCCAGCUUUAAAUACAUGCUGAAGCUGUAAGGUGUGUUUUGUCAGAUUAAUCAUUUAUAGUAGAAAGUACAAAUAAUUUAGUGAUCAUUAAAAUAUGUUCAGAAUUUGCAAAUUGAUGAAUAUUCAUCUCAUAACUCAUAACACCCUGCUCUCCCAUACAUAAGCUGCCUUUAUAGGUUAAAAGUAUCGAUAUUGGUAUCGGGAAUAUAGGAUCUGUAUUUACUUGGUAUCGGAUAAAUACCAAUUUUUGUAGUAUCAUACAGCACUAGUGGAAAGUGUUGUAUAAGUACGAGUCCAUUAUAAUAGCAAAUGGGUGCAAAGUCUGGAAAUACCUAUAUUAGGCUAUACCAUGUUAAAUUAGAGAGCAUUUCAGGUGUUAGGUGAAUUCUUUAAUCCUUUAGAUAGGAUAUACCAAGGCCUGCUGUUUGCUUGCUUUCACUGUGUAUGCUAAGCUAGCCAUCUCCUACUAUAACUUUAUAUUUAAUGGAAAGAGUGGACUUAAUCUUCUGCAUUUCUAAAUUGGCCAAAUUAUUCCUUUAAUGAUGUUAACAGUCAGUUAUUUUGAUAUUUUUUGGCUUAGACAUCAACACUAAAAGUUUCGCCGAUAUAUUUUGCUUUCCCUUCUCCUUAACCUUCAGUUUUCCGUUUAUGCACCGCUUGCUUCUUGCUAAAAGAAUCCCCUGGAGCAUUUCAACAGACUCUAUCAGAUGGUCAUGUUUUCCACUUUAUGCACAUGUUGCUCACUUCCUAAUUGUUUGUGUUUACCUUAACAGGAUUUGACCUCUUGUGUAUGUAUUUUGCAGCAUCCCUCACUGCAUUGCCCAAGGCUGAGGGAUUGUCUGGGUGUCUUGGGGGCAGACAAGUAUUUAUCCAGGAAGUAACUUAAGUAGCAAAUCUUUAAUCAUAUAGCAACAGGUCGAAGGUUUAUGUUGCCUGGUGAAGGAACAAUUGCAGAAUAAACUGUAUAUUCUGCAUUAAGUAAAGUCUGUUUUUUCAUUUGAAUGGUCAGAGGUCAGUAGUAGAAAACUGGGUUUGCUCUAGACAGUUUAUUAUUGCAUUAAUGUCCCAAAAUGUAAAUAAUAUAAUAAUAAUAAUUAGAGAUUAUUACUUUUAAAGUAAUACUCGUGAAGUAAUUAUAAAGCUAUUUAUGAUGCAUAAAUUCACUCUUUUUUAUCUGUGUUCAUGUGAAAUUUUGCAAAUGAGAUAUGAUUACCUUAUGUGUAAGCAUCAAGCAUGACUGAUUUGUGUGUGUGUGUGUGUGAGUGUGUGUGUGUGAGAACCAUGCGCUGUGCUUUAGCAGGGCAGUGUAGCGUGCAGUGCAGGAGUGAGCAGAGGCGGCCCUGGCCAGUACAGCCCCUGUACCCUGGUAAUCCCUCCGUUUUCAGGAGCCCUGGCCCGUACUUGAUGAGCUUGAGCAAGAAAAAGGUUGCGCUCUCUCGUGUGUUUCUCUCUCUGUGUCUCCCUCUCUUUCCCUCUGUCUCUCGCUCAUUCAUUCCCCCACUUUUUCUCAUGAACCCCUCCUCCCCAUCCCCUGGAGCCACUCUGCGAAUGAAUAGAUUCCAAGUGUUUACUCAGCAACUUUGUCCAUCCAUCUCACCCUCUGUACUUCUCAGGAUUUCAUGGAAAAGGAAAAGAGAACCUGUGAACUUGUUACCAUCAGUGAAUCUCUUAGCAAACUGGGGAAUGUGACUGGAAAUGUAACUGAGAUUUGCUAAAACUUGUGAAGAACAUUAAAACAAAACUGGAAAAGUACAUGCUGUAGGAGUCGUGCUAUAUGAUUUUCUACCAGUGACAUAAGUGGUUCAGAAAAUCUUGCAUGAUCAGUUCCUGACAGAAAAUUCCCCCAAUGUCAAACUCUGGCUGAAGUGGUUCAGGAUGGAUGCAAUAUCCAGUGUGGCAGCACAAUGUGGAAUCAACAUUUAGAACAAAAUAAAACUGGACAUGUGAAACUGUCUGUCUGAGAUGAAGUAGCCAUCUUUCCUUCAUUCGAUUACCCUUAAAUAAGCAUCCAGUUUACACUCACAGGACACUUUAUUAGGUGCACAUUGCUAGUAUUGUUGGACUCCCUUUUGCUUUCAUAAGCGUCUUCAUUAUUUGCAGCAUAAAGUGAACAAGGUGCUGGAAACAUUCAAUAUUGACAUGAUAGCAUCAUCCCAUUGAUGCAGAUUUGUCAGCUGCACAACCACUCCACCACAUCCCAAAAGUGCUCUAUUUGACCGAAAUCUGGUGACUGUAGAUGACUAUACAGUGAAGUCAUUGACAUCUUCAAGAAACCAGUUUGAGGUGAUUUGAGCUUUGUGGUAGUGUGUCAUCCUCCUGCAAGGAGACUUCCGAAGGAGGGUACACUGUGGUCAUAAAAGGGCGGACAUGUCCAUCAAGCAUAUUUAAGCAGUCUGUGGUGUUUAAAUGAUGCUCAAUCAGUACUAAGUGACCCGAAGUAUAUGAAAAAAUAUCCACCACAUGAUUACACCACCAGCAGAAGCCUGAGCUGUUAAUUACAGGCAGGAAGGAGCCACGUUUUCAUGUUGUUUAUACCAAAUUCUGACUGCACCAUUUGAAUGUGGCAGCAGAAAUCAUGACUUGUCAGAAAAGACAAUGCUUUUCAAUCUUCUGUUGUCCAAUUUUGGUGAAUCUGUGAGGACUGUAGUUUCCUGCUUUUUGCUGACAGGAGUCAGAGAUGCUAUUCUGCACACCUUGGUUGUAUCAAGUGUUUAGUUGAGUUACUGUUGCUUUCCUAUCAGCUCUCAGUGGAUAUUUUUCUCCUUUUCAGACCAUUCUCUGUAACCCCUAAAUAUGAUUUUGUGGGAAAAUCCCAGUAGACUAGCAGUUUCUGAAAUAUUCUGACCAGUACAUGUGGUACUGAUAACCAUAUGACAUUCAAAGUCAAUUAAAUCAACUUUCUUCUCUAUUCUGAUGCUCACUUUGAACUUCAGCGUGUUGACUUGACCAUGUCUAAAUGCAUUAAGUUGUGAUGUGAGUGGCUGAUUAUAUAUUUAGGUUAAUGUGCAGUGGAACAGGUGUAACUAAAAAAGUGUCCAGUGAAUGGCGGUCUAAUUAGUUCAUGUUUACCCUUUAAAGCACAGUGGCUGCAACGUUUAACUGUGUCUGAUGUUGGUGAAAAAAAGUUACCACACAAUCCCGUCCCUUUUCAUAUUUUGUCUUCAUGCACUUAUAAAUAUAUGCUCUGCUCUGUAUGUUAGAGAAGGUCUGUGACUUCUGUUUACUAGUGAAUUUGGGGCAUUCUACAUUAAAAUAAUUUGUCACUUACCAAAUAGUUUCCAGUUAAAAUCCUGUCGAUAUGAUACAUGAUUCAUCUCGCUCAUCAUCUCGCUUUAGAAUACAGCAUAGGCUCAGAGGGGUCUAAGGAAGUCAGGUUUAAACAAUUUCUUUUUUAACAAAAAAAUAACAAAUAUUUCCCACCAGUGAAGUUACUCCAACUGACUGACUACAGUCUAAUAUACAGUUAAAUAUAAAAAAUAGCAAAUGUAUGAAAGUUUAAUUUGAUGAAAAAUGUAGCUAUUAAACAUAUUAAACAACUGGAUUGCAGAUGAGUUGAAGUUAGUUUUAGUCACUAUUCUUGCAGUUAUUAAGAAUUAAGCAGGAUUUUUGUACUCUAAGAUGAAACUUCCACUUUUUGGGUGCUGGUAACCUCUGUUGUUCUACAUUUUAGAUUAAUUUUCCCACAUCCGUAGACUUCAUUUAAAAUGUUUUACUGUAUCAGGCUUUUUCUUGGCUGGUCAGAACAUAAUAAAGUAAUUAAAAGUACGGUGUGACAGAGAAACAAGCACGCAGACUGGCCAUACAACAUGACUAAUGUACUGAUAGUGUUGAGGUACAGAGAGGUGUGAAGGCUCUGACAGGGUAAUGAGGUGGUCAGGGUGGGGAUUAGCAAGAGGCCGCAGGCCCCGAGGCAGAAGGCCUCGUUUCCUGGCCUGAGCCCCUGUUUGUCCUGCCUGACCUGACAGCUCUGGGGGCAGAUCCUGCUUGGAUACAUCCCUGCUCCCACGCCUGUCUGAAGCUGUUAGCCACUGGCUGUGAGUAGCUAGCUGGGCUUAGUGUUGUCUGAGCUGUGGCUGGGUGGGGAGGGGUCCAGUCAUCUGUGGGAAGGGGUGGCAGCUACUGUGUGCUGGCAGAGAGAGGGUGAUCGGGGGGAAAAGGCAUCUGGGGGAAGAGUGGGCAGCGAUGAUUAAUACCUUUGGUCUGGCUGUUGUCAAAACUUUUUUAUUUGUGUUACUCAUGUUGGAAGGAAAACGAGCCAUCUUGUCUUUCUUCUUUUGAACAUCAUCGCUCUGUCUCCAUGGAUCUGUUCUACCUAGUUGUCAAUGAUUUACCACAUAUUUAGACAGUAAUAACUGGGAGAUCAACUAAAAGGAAAAACAACAAAAAAUAUUCCAAUAUGGUGUCUGGCAAAUGCAUGCUCCCAGUUUAGUUUGUCAUAGAUUUUACCCUUCUACCAAAAAAUGUAACCUUGUGUGAUGUGUUGUUGUUGAAUUAGAUUUGGUGAUUGCAUGAUUUAUAACAUUGCUCACAUAAUAUUUACUUAUGAAACCUUCCAGGGACUCUACCCGCUUCUAUCCUGGGUUUUCCUUUAAUUUGUUGCUUGGAUGUCAUUGACAUUAUUAAUCUUCCCUUCAGCUCGCUUCAACACCUUAACCCAUAUUUUAAACACUGGUAGUUCAUCUCUGUGCGUUUUACCUUUGCAAUUAACUUCAGCCUUCUUGUUUGCCUGAAUCAUCAGUUAAAAGCACUUUCAGGUUCUGGUCUUCAAAGAGUGUUGUCUGCAUACCAACUGUGUGCACAACCCUGUUUUUACUUCAAAAUCCAUAAGAUAACACCUCUCCUCUACACCAUGGGGAGUGUUUGAUUAUCACUCUCCAAAAAUGAAAAUGAAAUGAAGGGAUAUUUACUUUUCUUGCCCAAAAGCUUUGAUAGCUCAAUUGCUUGUUUUCAGUGGCUUGUUAUUAUUUUUCAAUUGGUGGAUUGGCUGUUGGGUUUGGAGUAGCAUGGAGCAGCUCUCCGAGUGUUGUUUCUGCCCUGGAUAUACACACAGGCAUUAGUGAAAGCGCAGAGAGAGCAGCUGAGAUACAGACACACACACACACACGGAGAAAGAGAGACAGAGAGACAGAGAAUGCAUCACCACUAAAUUUUUUGUUAGUGUCUCAAACAUUACAUCCAUGUGAGAAUGACAAAUAAAUGCAAUUUUAUUGUUUGGUUCUGCCAUACAUGGGCCUCUUCUGAUUAAAGAUGUUAAAUCCUACAAUGUAAAAAUACAACACUUUUUACAAUCUAAAAAUUUAGCAUUGCAUGCAAGUUUUUGUAUUAUAUAAACCGCAGUCUGUUAGAAAAUGGUCAGUUUCUGGGUGAGUACUCGGUGGGUCCUCCUGCCUCAGUCGUCACUGGCUACUCAGUGGCGUCAUUCCUGCCUUGUCAUAUAAAACUGUCAACGCCUUUCUCUCACCUGAACUGACACACACACUACCCCAAACACCAGGGCAGAACAGGGGCCAGAGCAAGGGGCUGUACAUGCACCUGGUUGAUUCUUUCCCCUGCUGAUCAUUUCGACAAAAAGGCGAUCGUUGCAUUGCUUCUUUUAUGAAUCUAGCAAAUUAUUCCUACUUCUCUGGCAUGUGCAACAUGACCGCAGAGCAAUCGCCUGCCGAGGCAAGUCCUGUUGUCAUGUCUCCAAAUGUGAGCCUGGACUCGCCACUGCCUCCGCCGCCUUUGAUGCUGCAGGCCCGGUCAAAGGAAAGCAUUUUGAUCAAGUCCGAGCCCCGAGGAAACAGUCCCAACACGGAGGACGGAGGCGCUCUGGGUCAGACUGAGGAGCACCUGCCCACGGGGAGCCGCAGGAGGAAGAGGCCCGUCCAGAGGGGGAAGCCUCCCUACAGCUACAUCGCUCUCAUCGCCAUGGCCAUUGCCAACUCCCCGGAGAGGAAGCUCACUUUAGGGGGCAUUUAUAAGUUCAUAAUGGAGCGCUUUCCUUUCUACAGGGAGAACUCGAAGAAGUGGCAGAACUCAAUCCGCCACAACCUCACGCUCAAUGACUGCUUUGUGAAGAUCCCCCGGGAGCCCGGCAGACCAGGUAAAGGCAAUUACUGGACGUUAGACCCCGCAGCUGAGGACAUGUUUGACAACGGAAGUUUUUUGAGGAGAAGGAAAAGAUUCAAGCGCACAGACGUUAGCACAUACCCCGGUUACAUGCAGAGCUCCAGCGCUUUUACGCCAACGCCAAUGGGAAGGCCUUCGUAUCCAAACGCCCUGUAUGCCGGCAUAGGGUCAGGUUACGGCUCUCAGCUGACGGCCACAUCCCCACACCCAGCCAUGCUGCAUCAUUACCAGACCUCUGCUGGAGUCAGCCAAGGACAGCCGCGCAUGUUCAGCAUCGACAACAUCAUCAGUCAGCAGACGGUUGUGCAGAGCGGCCCCGGUGUGGACCUCAACUCCCAAGCGCUGGGGCUGGGUGGAGGCGAUCUGAGCACUAUGACCUCCAGCUGCUCGGUAACCGGCACCGACCCGUCUGCUUGCUUCCAGACCCAGACUGUCAACCCGUCAGCGAACAUGCUGAGCAGAAACAGCGGGAACCUUUCAUCCAACCUGACCACCGGGUACCCAUAUUCCUCUCCGGCUUCUCCUCCAAAUCUGCCCACCAUGACCCAGUCCGGAUUCUCCCCGGGCAGCUCCCAAGUGUACUGUACGAGCAACCGGCUCUCCCUACCGGCAUUGCGCCCGAGCUCCUGCGCCGAGCACUCGGAGCAGCUACUGGGCCUCCCCAGCCCCAUGAACUACAACAACACUUACAUGAGACAAGCCAACUUUGCGCCAGGAUUAGAGCGGUAUAUGUAAGAUGAAAACUAAAAACUUAAGUGAGUGCAGAAAGGAAGGAUUUUAAACCUAAAUAGCCUAUUAAAGGAAAAAGCCCCAAAUUAAUCAUUAAUUAACCAAAUUAAUAAGUCCAUAUUAUUCAGUCAGCAUAACAAUAAAUUAUAGAUUUAGUUCACGCUGGAAUUUCGGAAUUUAAUUUUUGCCAAGCUCAAAAGCGACAUGACACAAUAAGACCGAGCCUCACUAUGAAACAUUCCUAUUUGAAAAGGUGUAAAGCCAUUUAGUUUGACACAUUCCAUGAGUGUAUCUCCAUAUGUAUUAAUUUGUGAAACACUGCUUUCGUAUUUCCUGUAUUUUGCCGUUUGUUUUUAAGUUUACAUGUUUCUUAUAGACUUUUGUUCACGUCUGCUGUUUUUUUAUGUAAAUAUUUUGCUGAUGUAAAGACUUUAUUAAAGGGUGUUAGCAUUA